AUGGACAUUCUCACUUCAAUAGUUACAGCGAUUUUAGUUCUCUUCACAACUUUUGCAGCUUUGGCAUCAAAAAUUUACAUUGGGAAAUCAAUCGGAAGCAAAAAAUAUCCACCUGUAGUAGGAACAGUGUUUCGACAACUCUUUCAUGUGAACACAUUUUAUGAUUUCCUGUCUGAAAUGGCAAAAACACAACCUACUUUUAGAUUCCUCGGACCGGAACACAGCAUAAUAUACACAGCAAAUCCCGCAAAUAUCGAGCACAUUCUCAAAACAAACUUUCACUUAUACACCAUAGGUUCCGGCAAUGGUGAACAAGUUUCCUCGGACUUAUUUGGCCAGGGGAUCUUCACCGUUGAUGGCGAAAAAUGGAAGCAGCAGAGGAAGCUGGCUGCGGCCGAGUUCUCGACAAGGGUAUUAAGAGAUUUCAGCUGUGAAGUUUUCAGAAGAAAUGCAGCCAAAUUGGCUCAAAUGGUUUCCGAGAUUUCUCAGGCCAACCAAGUUUUUGAUUUACAAGAAUUGCUGAUGAGAUGCACCCUGGACUCAAUUUUUAAAGUUGGAUUUGGAGUGGAUCUAAACUGCCUACAAGGGACAGUACAGGAAGCAAAUGAAUUCAUGAAAGCGUUCGAUGAUUCGAAUGAAAUAGUAUUCCGGCGUCAUAUUGAUCCACUCUGGAAGUUAAAGCGGUAUCUUCAAAUCGGUUGUGAAGCCAACCUUCGGAACAACAUCAAAGUUAUCCAUAGCUUUGUUGAUAGCUUGAUCAAGACUAGAAGAAGACUGUUACAUACGAAACAAGACAUUAAUGAGAAAGAAGAUAUACUGUCAAGGUUUUUGGUGGAAAGCAGAAAGGAUCCGGAGAAUAUGAGUGAUGAAUAUCUGCGCGACAUUAUUUUGAACUUCAUGAUUGCAGGAAAAGAUACAAGUGCAAGCACUCUUUCAUGGUUUUUCUAUAUGCUAUGCAAGAACCUCUGGAUCCAGGAAAAAAUUGCAGGGGAAAUAGAUGAAGUUCUUGGCACAGAGCGGACGGAUCUCAGUAUUGAUGACUUUGUGGCAAGUAUUACAGAUGAAGUGUUUGAAAAAAUGCAUUACACUCAUGCAACAUUGACUGAGACAUUGAGGCUGUUCCCUGCAGUCCCGCUGAAUGGAAGGCGCGCAUGUGCUGAUGACAUCCUUCCUGAUGGUUUUCAAGUGAAGAAAGGGGAUGGUGUUAACUACAUGCCCUAUCCAAUGGGCAGAAUGCCAUACGUAUGGGAAGAUGAUGCCAGGGAAUUUCGACCCGAAAGAUGGCUCCAAGACGGGAGAUUCCAACCUGAAUCACCGUUUAAAUUUGUUUCAUUUCAUGCUGGACCUCGACUUUGUAUAGGGAAAGAUUUUGCUUAUCGACAAAUGAAGACAAUUGCAAUAGCACUUGUACGCUUCUUCCAAUUCAGAUUGAAGGAUGAAGCUCAAGAACUAACAUACAGAACUAUGUUUACAUUGCAUAUCAAGGAUGGCCUACGCAUUCAAGCCAUCCCAAGAAGCAAAGCAUAA